UUUGGACUCGUCCUUUCUGUGAAAUCCCAGCAAUAUAUAUAUCGCCCUCCGCUAGCACCGCCUUUCACAACUUGUGUGCGUGCUUCAUCGGACCACCAAAUUGUUCCUAGUUUUUUUCAAUUGGAGGUCUCUGGGGGUUUCAAAGGGAAGCCGCUUGCUUGAUUUGAGGUUUUGAUGUGCGGUGAUUUAAAGCGCAGACUCAGCCCAUUCGAUUUGGAGAUGGAGGCUGCUGGAUUUCAAGACAAGGGCGGAGUUGUGCAUAAAUCUUGCUCAAAAUUGCUCGAACUGGCGGCGACGGACGAUGUGGAAGGAUUCAAGUUCGAGGUAGAGGAGAGGUGUUCUGAUAUUGAUGGGGUGAGCUUCUGGUACGGCAGAAGCUUUGGAUCGAAGAAGAGGAUGGGGUUUGAGGAGAGGACCCCUAUCAUGAUUGCUUCCCUGUACGGAAGCCUAGAGGUUCUCAAGUAUAUUCUCGAAACCGGGAAGGUUGAUGUCAACCGGGCGUGCGGCUCUGACGGCGCCACCGCUCUGCACUGCGCUGCGGCCGGCGGCUCGUGGUCGUCCGUCGAGGCUGUGGGGCUGCUGAUCGAUGCCUCCGCGGAUGUCAACGCCAUUGAUGUGAAUGGGAAGAAGCCCGGCGACCUGAUCGCGCCGUGCGUAAAAUCGUGCGGCAGCUCGAAGAGAAGAGGGGUGCUGGAGAUGCUGUUGAAUGGAAUCAAAGUGGAGACCGGCGAUCUGGAGGGGGAGGGGGAGGAGGGGGGAGGGAGCAGAACGCCUCGGGCGGAGAAGAAGGAGUACCCCGUGGACGUGUCGUUGCCGGACAUAAACAAUGGGGUGUACGGCAGCGACGAGUUCCGGAUGUACAGCUUCAAGGUGAAGCCGUGCUCAAGGGCCUACUCCCACGACUGGACCGAGUGCCCCUUCGUGCACCCCGGCGAGAACGCUCGGCGCCGUGACCCGCGCAAGUACCACUACACCUGCGUCCCCUGCCCCGAGUUCAAGAAGGGCAGCUGCGCCAAGGGUGACGCCUGUGAGUACGCCCACGGCGUCUUCGAGUCGUGGCUGCACCCCGCGCAGUACAGAACCCGCCUCUGCAAGGACGAGACCGGCUGCUCCCGGAAGGUGUGCUUCUUCGCGCACAGGACCGAGGAGCUCCGCCCGCUCUACGCUUCCACUGGUUCCGCCAUGCCGUCGCCCAAGUCCGUGGUGGCCAACUCGAUGGACAUGACAGCGUUGAGCCCGCUGUCGCUCGGCUCGCCUUCUCUGAUGCUGCCCAACACCUCGACCCCGCCGAUGUCUCCUUCGGUGGUUGCUUCCUCGUCGUCCCCGAUGGGUGGGUGGCAGAACAAGGUGAACCUGACCCCGCCGGCUCUGCAGCUCCCGGGGAGUCGUCUCAAGGCUGCUUUGAGUGCAAGAGACAUGGACUUGGACAUGGAGCUGCGCGGAUUGGACAAAAUCCACACGCAGCAGCAGCGGCAGCAGCAGCUCGAGGAACUGGCGAGCUUAUCUUCGCCGUAUGGCCGAAUGGGGGAUUUGAAGCCAACUAAUCUCGACGAUGUCUUUGGGUCCCUCGACCCUGCUCUGCUGUCUCAAUUGCAGGGGCUGUCGCCGAAGAUCAGUGGCUCCGGCAGCUCCGCCCAGCUGCAAUCCCCGACCGGCCUUCAAAUGCGGCAGAACAUGAACCAGCUCCGAGCGAGCUACCCUUCGACGGUCUCGUCCUCCCCAUCGAGGAAGUCCCCUGCAGCAUACGGAUUCGACACCUCUGCUGCAGUUGCUGCGGCAGUAAUGAACUCAAGGUCAGCUGCCUUCUCGAAACGCAGCCAGAGUUUCAUCGAUCGCAGCGGUGGUGGUGGUGCUGCUGCUAGCUAUCGCUCGAACCUCUCGGGCUCGGCUAGCUCAGCAAGCCUGAUGCCGCCGAAGCUUUCGGAGUGGGGCUCCCCCAAUGGGAAGCUAGAGUGGGGAUUCAACGGGGAAGAGGCGAACAAGCUGAGGAAGUCUGCGUCGUUUGGGUUCCGAAGUGGUGGCAACAAUGUUAUUACCCCGACCUCUCCGUCGGUGGCCGUGGCUGCAAGCAUUGGCGAUGAACCCGAUGUCUCGUGGGUCAACUCACUGGUGAAAGACGUGCCGUUGCAGCAACAGAGGCAGGGAGGCGGCGUCCACGACACAAUGCCGCACUGGUUCGACCAAAUGUACAUAGAGCAGGAGCAGAUUUUGGCGUAAGCAGCAGCAGCAGCAGCAGCGAAUGUCGACAUCGAAGAUGAUCUUAAAUUGUUAUUCUUUCUGAUUCUUAAUUCAUACAUUAUUGUUACAUGUUUUAGUUAGUUAGUAUAUUGGAAGCAAACUGAUGAAGACGAAGGAGGAGGAGGAGGAGGAUGAGGAUGAGGAUGGAUGACAUUAGGAGGGAUAUAUUUUUUAACUUAUUUAAUUCUUUGUUCAGAGAAGAGAAGAGAAGAGCGACCUAGUCUAGUCUAUUCUAUUCUAUUCUUGAAGCUAUAUGUCUAUGGAAAUGUAACCCUCGUAGUGUGUUUUCUUGGUUGCCAUUUCACAAUAAAUGUGCAUUUUGAUCAUCAAA